AACUGCUUGCGCACCGCCACACGUGAAGAGAAACAAACAACAAAUCGGAAGGGUCAGUGUGUAAUUAUGCAACAAAUUGUGUGUGAAAAAAGCCACAAACUGCAUUAAAUUAAUGACAUUUGCGAAGAUUGUCUGCUCCUAGCUGCAAUCCAUCGAAAUGUAUCGUUUAUUAAGUGCAAAUCGAGCGGCAGCCGUGCAAAAAGCACUUCGCGUGCCGCCCAUAGCCCACCCCACAACAACAACAACAACAGUAUGCUGCGGCUGCGGCGAAAUUGCGCCUUCAAAUUUAGUCCAUUAUCAGCAGUAUUAUCAAAUGCUAUACCGCCAAAAGCCGGCAGUGACAAUCACAUCAGCGGCAGCAGCAACAGCAACAACAAUCACACGCACACAAACAACAAGCACACCAACAACAACACAGGCAGAUGCACUGCCACAAACGAAAAAAAAACGAUUGCGCAAGCCAAGAUAUGCAAAAUAUGUGGAGCUCCUGGAGGUCACCGAACAGGCCAUUAGCGAACGAAAAUCCCGGGUUAAGCGGCUCAAAUCCAAAAAGCUAGCCGAUUUUAUACAGAAAGCCCAACAACAGAUCCUCGAAAGACGUGCCCGGGAGGAUCGCAAGGAUAAGAGGGCCAAAGGCAUAUUGGAUGUGGUCCAACGACAACCGGUUGAGUAUCAGAAAAUCGACAUGGAGGCCUUGGAUGGUUCUGUUCUAGAAUCCGGCAUAUACGACGAUCGGCCAAUGCUCUUCUUCGGCAAGGAUGAGUACACCAAACAGGUGGUCGCCAAUCCCGAGGAAAUGCAAAAUAUCCUUAAGAGUUUCCAUAACUUUCGGGACAUCAUCGAGAGCAUGGGGAACGAUCAUCAUGAAGCGGAUUUUGGGCUGAGUACCCCCAAAGUGCUUACAGAAGAACCUGAAUCCCUAGAUCCUUUUGAAACCAUUGAACCGUACAUCAAUCCCCUGGACAAAAGUAAACCUUCUUCAGUAACUGCUGUGGCUACGCCCAAUGCCAAUGCAUCAGUUAUAGCCAAGUCCAAAAAACGUUUCAAGUCAAAGGUUCAUGUCAACGAGGAGCAAGAGCGUUUGGCCAAACAGCGGGCACUGAACAUUAACCUGAACACUUACCUCAAUGUGUGUGUUUCAGCUAAUAUGUUAAACCGUGCCCUGUCCACAAUAAUUGCCUAUCGAGGCAGAGUUAGAAAGAGUACUUUGCCGCAUAUGUCCGAGGGCCUCAUGACCAUCCACUUGUACAAUAUCCUUUUGCAUGGUUACGCGGGCAAGGGAUCCUUUGAUCGAGUGGAGGAGUUAUUCAAACUCAUCGAGGAGGAUGGUUUGGCGUUCAAUGAGCAAACCUAUGUAGCCGUUUUCGAGUGCUUGGGUCGCUUGGAACCGGACGAACAGAACCAGCAACUUAUAUCCAAAUAUAUCGCUAAAGCGAAGAACGAGGGCUUUAGUUUGAAUCAAAUUAUGGAUCAGUCCAAGUUUGUGGCCGAUCAGCGGGACAUUGCUCUGGAUGCUAUUCGAAGACUACGUCCGGAUUUCAAACCAGUCUAUGUGCCGCCGCAGCUGGGCUACGACAAUGAACUGCUGAAUCAUCUCAACGAGCAUGUCUUACCCAUUGGUGCAGAUGAGAAAGCUGAGAACAAGGACUUGGACUAUGCCAUUAUGAACUCGAAGAGAGGCUAUAGCACAGCUCAGUUGGAGCAGCUUGCUCGGGAGCAGCUUAAAAUAGAGCUAGACGGUAGCAUAACCAUUAAGUCUAUUGAGAAAUCAAAGGAGUUUGCCAAUUCCGAAAAAUGCCGCGAGCGGCUUAAAGAACUGGAGGAAACAUGGCGCAAACAAAUUACCUCAGCCAUCGUGCGAGAUCUCAACACGCUGCGUGCCCAAGUGCGCUUUAAGCCACAUGGCUUCAUGAACUACUACACAUACCUGAAGACCCUCGAUACAUCACACUUUGCAGACAUUCUGAUCAAGGAGCUUUAUAAGCUGGCCGAGGGUUCGGAAACCUUCAGUCCCACAGUGGGUCAGCUGUACAAAGAACUUGGCCAGAAAGUUCAGCAACGAUACAAAAUCGAGCAGAAGAAACACAAUGGCACGCUGGAGAAGAUUGGCGAGAUAUACAGCUCGUACUGUGAGCUAUGGGAUAGCGGAAAGUCACAGGACAACACACGACAGGCUUGGCAGCGUCUGGUGCACGAACAGCGGGAGAGUGGACCCAGCAUGGAUCUGCCAGAGGUGCCGUGGCCCUCGAAUGUCUUGACCGGAGUGGGUCGCUUUCUGUACAACAUUCUGAUGCGGGACAUCAAGAUUGAUGCACAUGUUAUGCGGCUGAAGAGCAAAACCAAAGCGUCUUCUACUCAGACGCAAAACAUGCUGCCCGCCUUCUACACACUCUUUCGAAAUCAGGGACGUUUCGUUAAGGAGGAGGUUAAGCCACAUCCUGUGCUCUCCAGAUUAUUGCGAGCUUCGCGCCAGCAGACUCUUACCUUCGACUCAAAUCUAGUGCCCAUGCUGUGUCCUCCGCAACCGUGGAGUACCCCACACAACGGUGGCUACCUACUCAACAAGUCGGAACUGAUUCGCCUGCCUCACCAAGCCAUCCAGCAGUGGGAUCGCAUUGCCGCCUCGAAUCCACAGCAUCUUUAUCCUGCUCUGGACUCCUUAAAUCAGCUGGCCAGUGUUCCCUGGCGCGUGAAUACGCAACUAUUAGAUGUCAUCAUCGAGGUGUUCCAGAAUGGUGGCGAUGCCAAACUGGAUGUCCCUCAGCCUCCGAGUUCCCUGCCUCCUCUGCCCACGCUCCCAGCUAAGGAUGUGGACGGCAAUGCCGCCUCCAAUGCAGAUCGUGCCAAGCAAUUCCGGGACAAGCUGAGCCAUCGCAGGAAGCAGGCCGAGAUGUACAGCUUGUGGUGUGAUGCUCUCUACAGGUUGUCCCUGGCACAGCAUUACCGCGAUAAAGUCUUUUGGCUGCCACACAACAUGGACUUCCGUGGCCGAGUUUAUCCCGUGCCGCCGCAUCUCAAUCACCUUGGCUCGGACUUGGCUCGUUCGAUGCUCAUUUUCGAUCAGGCACAGCCAUUGGGCGUGGAUGGAUUCAGCUGGCUAAAGCUGCACUGCAUCAAUUUGACGGGUCUAAAGAAAAGGGAUUCGGUGAGGGAACGUCUUCUGUACGCGGAAGAGAUCAUGCCGGAAAUACUCGAUUCUGCGGACAAUCCCCUCACCGGUCGUAUGUGGUGGUCCAAGUCGGAUGAACCCUGGCAAACGCUGGCCUGCUGCAUGGAAAUCGCCAAUGUAUACCGCUCUGCUGAUCCCGCCGCCUAUUUGAGUCGUUUUCCCAUCCAUCAGGAUGGAUCCUGCAAUGGAUUGCAGCAUUAUGCAGCUUUGGGCAGAGAUGAAGCAGGUGCACGUAGUGUUAAUCUAGCACCAUCGGCCAUUCCGCAGGAUGUCUACAGUGCGGUGGCCGUUCUGGUGGAGAGGAGCAGGAAAACCGAUGCCCAGAAUGGACUGCAUGUGGCGGAGGCACUGGCAGGAUUUGUGCGUCGCAAGGUUAUCAAACAGACGGUGAUGACCACAGUUUACGGCGUGACUCGCUAUGGAGCAAGAUUGCAGAUAGCUCGCCAACUGAAGGACAUCGAUGAGUUCCCCAAGGAUUGGGUGUGGCCAGCGUCCACUUAUUUGACCACCAAGACUUUCGAGAGCCUGCGAGAAAUGUUCACAUCCACUAGGGAGAUUCAGGAUUGGUUUACGGAGUGCGCGCGUCUUAUUUCCGGAGUUUGUAGCCAGAAUGUGGAGUGGGUUACACCGCUGGGUUUGCCCGUGGUGCAGCCUUACAAUCGGCAGGAGAUGAAGCACUCGCCUCGCACCGGAUUUAAGGUCUCCUCUAACUUCUCAAUGGACAUGUACGAGCGACCAAACAUCCUCAAGCAAAAGAAUGCCUUCCCGCCGAAUUUUAUCCACUCUCUGGAUUCCUCGCACAUGAUGUUGACUUCGCUGCACUGCGAAAGACAGGGCAUCACCUUUGUCUCCGUUCACGAUUGCUUCUGGACGCAUGCCAAUACUGUGCCCGAGCUGAACAGGAUGUGUCGGGAGCAGUUUGUGGCCCUGCACUCGCAGCCCAUUCUGGAGCAGCUCUCCCAGUUUAUGCAGCACACCUACAGCUUUAAGGAUAACGACUUUACCAACGAUGGCUCUGUGGAGGAUCUGUCCAAGCGCCAGUUGAACCGCACUCUAAAGCAAUUGCCACAAAAAGGAGAUUUCGACCUGCGCAACGUACUCGAUUCUGUGUACUUCUUUAGUUGAAAACCUUAACAUACGACAUUAACAGUGCCUAAUCUUAAUUUAGUCAUUAGUUUUAUUUAAAAUACCUGUUAAAUUUGUUAAACAAUUCGGCUUUUAAUACCAAAAACAAAUGGAG